AUGAAAACUCUUGUAAUUAUUUUUUUGAACUUUGUCGUUACGUGUAAAUACAUUUGUGGUUACGAAAUAUUAGCAAUAUUUCCUCACAGUGCGCGAAGUCAUCAUAUUUAUUUCACGCCCCUAGUCGAGGAGUUGGCAACAAAGCGCCAUAACGUGACAGUAAUUAACUACCAUCCUGUGCAAAAACAACCAUUUCUCCGUCAAAUAUCUCUGCAAGAUAGACAAAAUGCGAGUGCAUGUGUUGAUAUAGAGAAACGCAUGCAAGUUCUUUCUGUAUCCGACUUCUCCUUGGCGUAUGCGACAGCACAGGUGUUCAAAAAUAUUGCGAAUACAAAUUGUCAGAAGUUAAUGAAGAAUCGAGAAGUGCAGGAUUUAAUACGGUCACGAGCACAUUUUGAUUUAGUUAUAGUUGAGCAGUUUGUGACAGAUUGUGGAUUAGCUGUUGCAUACAAGUUGAAUGCGCCGGCUAUAGGAAUAGCUGCCCAUAUUUUGAGCCCAUGGACCUACUCAAGAUUGGGUGCGCCUAACAACCCAGCAUACGUACCGAACCACUUCUUUGGAUCUGGAACGAAACCGGACUUAUUUAAUAGAAUAAAAAGUGUUCUAAUAAACUUCGGUAUGAACAUGUACUACACUCAUGUGAUACAGAGGAGUGACCAAGAGAUUGUAAAUGCAGUGUAUCCCGAUACGCCACUGUUGGAAGAUCUAGGGAAGAAUAUGUCUCUUAUAAUGAUAAAUCAGUAUUUUACUUUGACGAGUCCACGUUUGUACAGUUCUAACGUGGUUGAAGUUGGUGGGAUGCACAUAAAUCCUAAUUAUCCCAUAGAAGACAAGAGCUUAAUCAACUUUUUGGAUUCCGUCAGCAAUGGAGUGGUUUACAUCAGUUUCGGAAGCGUGGCAUCUAACUUUCCUCCUAGAAUAACAAAUGAAAUAAGAAGAUUCGUUGAAAAGAGCAAUAUGCGAUUUAUCUGGAAGUCGGAAAUAACCGACUGGGUUCCUCCUAGCAACGUUUUUGUAGGAAAAUGGAUGCCACAAGCAGCCGUCCUAUGUCACCCAAAAGUGGUUGGGUUUAUAUCACACUCUGGGAUGCUAAGUACAUCAGAAGCUAUGCAUUGUGGCGUGCCUAUCAUAAGUGUACCUUUGUUUGGAGAACAGUUUGCGAAUGGAAAGUCUGCUGUCGAAAGCGGUUUGGGAGUUUCUUUAGAUAUAUUGACUUUGAAUGCACAAGUUCUUGAAGAGGCCUUACAAACCAUACUCAAAGAACAGUACCAGAAAAAAGCGAAGGAACUAUCACAGCUCUGGAAGGACAGGCCGCUGUCUCCAAUGGAGACAGCCAUCUUCUGGAUUGAGUAUGUGGCUCGAAAUAAGGGUGCAGUCAACUUGAAGCCACCGACAGUGGACAUGCCACUGUAUCAGUACUUGAUGAUCGAUGUGGCGUUCAUAAUAGCUUCAUCAGUUGUAAUAACUUUCUACAUCUCAGUGAAAGUCUUAUCGCUAGUUUUAAUAGCUGUCUUUGGAAAACACAAACUAAAACGAAAGAAGGUAGAUUAA